AUGGCUGCACCUAGCAUAGCUAAGAGAAGGGCACCCAUAUUGUUGAAGUUCAUGGCUCGCCCUCCCUUCGAGCUCCCAAUCAUGGCCGAUAUUCCUCAUCCUUCUCGUUACAAGAAAGGGAAGCACUCUUAUCAUGUUUUUUUGUCUCCACUUGCACCAUCCUCACAGCCCACAUCGACACCCUCUAUUCCUCCAACCACUACUCCAGUGAAACAAGGUCAGGCACUCGUUGUUGUGCAUGUGGUGCCUCUCCGAGAUGCAUCUCCUGUUUCAUCAACUGGGACUUCUCCCGUGGUGACCAGUGCAGCUUUGUCUGCGCCGCCUAUUUCACCACCACUCCAGCACCCAAGUUUUCCUGGGGUCCUUCAUCCUACUACUGUUGAUAGGAGGCCUGACACUCCUAUCACGUGUAAGCGCAAGUUCGACCAAGGCCCUGUCCCAACGUUUUGA